CCCUCCAUUUGGACUUUUGCAAUAAUUCCUCCGUUCAAUACUAAUCUCAAUUUUCUUCCUCUGACUAACUUUGAUAUACCUAUAUAUAAGCCCCUUGGGCAUUCAGCAAGCUUCCAAGAAGAGGCUUUGGAUCUCAUUUUGAUGGCCAAUAUCUCUGUUUUUGUUUGCUUCAUCACACUUGUCUUUUGUUUUGCCACUGGUUCGGUGGCAAAAAAGGAAGAUGGUGGAAUAUAUGAGCUCAGGAAAGGAGAUUUCUCAGCGAAGUUCACCAAGUGGGGUGCAGCCAUUGUUUCAGUUGUUCUUCCUGACAAAAAUGGGAAGUUGGCUGAUGUUGUUCUUGGGUAUGAUUCAACUAAGGAGUACAAGAAUGAUACAACGAAUUUCGGUGCCAUUGUUGGACGAGUGGCUAAUAGGAUUGGAGGCGCACAAUUUACAUUGAAUGGAACCCACUAUAAGCUAGUUGCUAAUGACGGGAAAAACAUGCUUCAUGGCGGGCCUAAAGGAUUCGGUAAAGUUGCUUGGAGAGUGAGUAAAUAUGAGAAAGGCGGUCAUUCUCCUUACAUCAUGUUCAGCUAUCACAGCUUAGAUGGUGAAGAAGGAUUUCCUGGUGACCUCAUUGCCACCGUCACAUAUAUGCUUGUUGGUGAUUAUCAAUUGAUUGUAACCAUGAAAGCCAAAGCUCUAAACAAGGCCACCCCAGUAAACCUCGCUCAGCAUGCCUAUUGGAACCUGGGUGGUCACACCUCUGGCGAUAUCCUGUCCAACGAAAUCCAGAUCUUCGGUUCCCACAUCACUCCAGUUGAUAAAGAGCUCAUCCCCACAGGCAAAAUUGUCCCUGUGAAGGGAACACCAUAUGAUUUCCUCAAACCCUGCACCAUUGGAAGCAAAAUCAACAAGCUCCCUAGUGGCUUUGAUAUUAACUAUGUGCUGGAUGAUACUGCCCCCAACAAGGUGGGGUUGGCGGCCAUGGUGCACCAUAAGAAGUCUGGAAGAAUGUUGGAGCUCUACACCAAUGCACCAGGGCUGCAAUUUUACACUUCUAAUUCUUUGAAGGACGUGAAGGGGAAGGGUGGAUUUGUUUAUCAAGCCCAUGCGGCCCUGUGUUUGGAGACUCAAGGGUUCCCUGACUCGGUGAAUCAUCCUAAUUUUCCUUCACAGAUUGUGACUCCUGGAAAGUCUUACCAUCAUUCUAUGUUGUUCAAGUUUUCAAUCAGGGCCUGAUCUUUUUCAAUUGUAGUGUAAAACCAUUAACAAGAAGAAGAGAGAAUGUUCUACCUUCAUAACUGUCCUGGUGAGUACCCUCCAAAGCAGGUUGCAGAAUAAAAUAACUUGGGUUGUUUCAAUGUAUGCAAACUUUGGCCCAAGAAAUCAUGAAUAAUUGAGCAGUGGACGCACAUCUUGAUUCCUGUCAUUGUUUUUGUAGUUAUUUUGUUUUUACCGGAUAAUAAGGAACUUGAGUUA